ACAAGGAAGGAUACCUUUCAUUUUAUUAUCAGUAUCAGUUUUACUGUUAACUGUAACUGUCACGUGUUAAUCAAACAAACACGCGUGUAUUUAGUGUUGUCUGUCUUGCUCUCCUCUCUCCUGGAGGUCGAGCAGCUUCACGAGGAGAAUCAGAUGAUGGAGAACAACCUGCAGACCCUGAACAAAGAGCUGGAGACCAAGAACAAAGAGCUUUGUGACUCCAAGCUUCAGAUUGAAUCCCUCAUGAAGAAGAAUCAGGACUUUGAGCGACAGCUGACUGAAAUGAGACACAAGCACAAGCAGGAGUUGACGUCAGCUGACAUGAACAGGAGACAGACCUGUGAAGAGCUUAAGGAGACCCAAUCUCAACUGGAAAAGAAGACCGCAGACAUCAGGAACCUGCGGAGAGAGUUUGACGACAAACUAAAGACGAAGAUGGAGAUCAAGAACAAAGAGCUUUGUGAGUCUAAGCUUCAAUUUGAAUCUCUAAAGAAGAAGAAUCAGGAGUUUGAGAGACAGCUGACUGAACUACAAGAGAGGCACAAGCAGGAGUUGGAAAAGAGGCUUCAGGAUGAGCAGCAGUGGAGGGAGGAUGUUGAGAAAGAGGUGGAGAUGCUGAAGAAGGAGCUGGAGAAGGAGAAGCAGGUCUUUUUACCUAAAGCGACAAUGGGAGCAGGGGUGUCAGGAGCUGAACAAUCUCUGAAUGAAUCUGACAUUCAGGAGCAGGAGUUGGAAAAGAGGCUUCAGGAUGAGCAGCAGUGGAGGGAGGAUGCUGAGAAAGAGGUGGAGAUGCUGAAGAAGGAGCUGGAGAAGGAGAAGCAGAUAACGGGAGCAGAGGUGCCAGGAGCUGAGCAAUCUCUGAAUGAAUCUGACAUCUAUCUAGCAGAACUUGUGGUGCCAGUGGAAGAGGAUUAAGCCCUGGAGAAUGGCUGAAGAGGACCACAGCCUGCAGUUUUAUAUCACCUUUUGUGUGCAUGUGGAAACUUAUUUCUACAGCUGCAAAACGUUCUUAAACAUGAAAUGAAUGACGAUCAUUUAUUCCUACCAUUUCCGUCCAUCAGGAAGACUUAAGCCCAGGCUGUCCACAACAACCAGUAACUAAACCCCAUUAAUCUAGUGAUUCGCUUGAUGUGGAGCUAUUAUGUGAACAUUCAGUGUCUAAGAACAAAGUAGUGUAGUGCAGUACUGUGUUUGGAGUGACUAAAAAAAUAUGAUGAAUGACACUUUAGCCGAAGCAUUAUGUUUAUGUCAGGAUUGUGCACCAUGCUGCUCUCCAGGCUCCUGAUCCUGCUGCUUGGAACUAGAGAGCUAUGCAGAGUGCUCUCUUUCUGCCCGACCACAGCAGUGGGAAGGCUUGCCAGCUGGAAAUUCCAUCUGAUGACAUCCUUUCUAAUCACUGACUAGAAUCACUGCAUAUAUACACCUCCAUGUUAGUGUUGUAGGUUUGCUGAAUGUUGAAUCCCAUUUCACAUUGAGUAUGAAAGAGAAGAGUGUGACUUCCUUACAUGUAAUGUUUCUUGUUUAGC